UUGUGUUUGUGUUUUGUGUCUGUCAAAAUUCCGACAUUUCUAUUGCUCAAACUCGGGAGACACAGAGAAUAAGUGGUUUCUCUCCCCGGGGCACAGACGACGUACAAACUUUCGGAGACAAAAAUGCAAAGUGCCCCCCAGUAGGAGUCGCGAUGCUAUCAAAAAUUCUACGUAACCACCUGAACCACCUGGCCAGCAACCACAGUCACCGGCAAUCAUCAACCCUUCUGAACUAUCAUUAUGAACCUCACUGCCACCAGACCCAUCUGCUGCAGCAGCUCAAAGUCCAGAGGUACACCAGCUUCCAGCGUAAACUGGUCUACGGAUGUGGUGGUGGUGGGUGCGGAGACUACCACCGGGAGCUGCACAACUGGGAUCGGCACAGCUCGGAGCACGAGGAGCGCAGGAAGACUAUCCCGAAGCUGGUGUACCUGCACAAUCCCUGGAAGUACCUGCUGACCAAGCUGAACCUGUGGAAGCUCAAGUGGCUGUGGGACCGCGAGUUCCGGGAGACGGAGUUCGUGGAGGGCGCCAAGCAGGCCGCUGUGGUCCUCACGGACAUCAUUCGGCUGCAGCAGGCGGAUCGGAUCAGCGACUUUACGACUCCGGUGGGCUUCCAGCAGAUCACCCGGGACAUGCUCCUCUCCCGCAACGACACGCGUCUCCAGUUGGUCCGGUUCCAGAGGGAGCACCUGCGCCGCGCCAUUCCCAUGAAGGUGGCCACGCGCCAGAACUUUGGCCGGAAGUACGCCUUCAUCGAUAUGCUGUUCGUGGGCCUGCGGAACACCAAGGACUUUGACACGGCCACCGAGGUGGUGGAGGUCAACGACAUAAUCCGGCGAAUGGACAACGAACUGAGGACUCCGCCGCAUGUGGUGGCCGUGCCACAUCGCAUAGUCUUUGCCGAGAUCUUCAUCCGCUUUCGACGCGAUUACACGGCGGAGGCGCGACGGGAAAUCUUGGCGAAUAAGGCGGCCCAGAUCCAGGCGCAGGCCCGGAACCUGCCUCCUAACUUGCCCCAAGAUCACUCCAAGACGCCGGCCUCGCCCUUUCUGCAAUCCGCCAUUGAUGCCAUGAGCCUAAGCCAGGACUCGGCCAAGGCGCAGCCCAUGUCCCUCUCCGGCCGAGUGGCCCCCGGCAUGGACGACGUGGGCUGGUCAGUGUCGUUCUACAAAAUCCUAACCUUUGACGUUCUCAACUACGAUCCCAACCCAGGAAGACACCAGCACCAUCAGUCGCACGACAAGCCGUAGCGUUUUAGCGUGCAGAUCAAACCCGGAUUAUUCCGUUGUCCAAAUUAAGCCCUCGGGUGACGUUUCGAGACAACAGAUAGAGUCUUGGUCUUGUUUGUGUAUCAAAUGGUUCUAUAGCAAAUUAAUAAAGCAAUAUUUUAGUUUGUUUGGCAA